AUUGACGACAACUUCCCUUUAGAUUUAGAAGGGGAAAUCAGGAUUGGGACCAGUGAGCUAUAUAUAUAAUUGAGCCACCUCAAGGGUGACUUGUAUUAGAUGCUGUGGGUUCUAUUUGAUUAGUCGUGGUCAGUUUCAGUCAUUACAGUUUCUGAGUUUGGUGCGAGCAAAACGCACUGCACUGCACUUUGGUGAGAAUGGAGUUCAGCAAAAUGAGUCGUCUGUCUAUAGUGGUGGUGUUGUGCCUGUAUGUGGCUGCAUUGCAGGAGGGUGCUGACGCCAAGUCCCUACCCAGCUACGUUCCAAUCUGCAAGAGGAACGACAAGAACCUCAAUGACUGCUUCAAGAAAGCAACAGUGGUUAUCAGGCCCUACAUUACCAAAGGUAUUCCUGAACUGAACAUUCCCCCCAUCGAUCCUCUCAUGAUUCCCAUGGUGAUGCUGGAGCAGGGUACCCCAGCCGUCAAUUACAAGGCUAAGCUGAAAAAUCUUCAGGUGUUCGGACUCAGAAACUACAUGUUCGACAAUGUGCAUAUCGACCUGAACAAGCUGCAAAUCAUGGGCAGAAUCAGCAUCCCCAUGAUCUGGCUGGAAGCUGACUACGAUAUCAAGGGAAGAGCUCUGGUGCUGCCCAUCCAAGGAAACGGUCUUUUCAAGGCUAAUCUCACUACUGUGACCGCCGACGUGAACAUUGAAACGAAAUUGGUGAAGAAGAAGGGUGACGAAUACUUGGAGCCUAAGAGCAUCAGCACUAAAUUCAACAUUCAACAGGCUACUGCCGACUUUGCCAACUUGUUCAAUGGUGACGAGACCCUGAGCCGCACCACCAACCAAUUCCUGAACGACAAUGCCAAAGAUAUCGUUGAAGAAGUGAAACCAGCAAUCGAGGCUGUCAUCGCCAUGUUGGCUGAAGACAUUGGAGGAAAAGUGUUCGCCACUACACCAUUCAACAAGCUUUUCCCAAAAUAAAUUGAAAACACAUUUUCCAAAACUCAACCCCUUCCCCAACUAUCGAGUUCGUGCUGAACUCUCCUUGCACUAUUAUUUAUUGACUCAUUAUUAUUUAGUCAUAAUUUAUUUAUUGUAUCUAUCAUUAGCUUGGCCUUGUAUACUCUAUUUAUUUAUGAAUUGCUUCACGUUUAAUUUAUUUAUUUAUUCGUUAUAAUCGACUGUGAUCUUCAAUUUAAGUGUUCUUAGAUUUUUGCAUUGAUGAGAUUAAAACUUCUGAGAAUUUUGAGAGAA